AUGGAGGAAGAUGAAGAGGAAGAUGAAGAGGAAGAUGAAGAGGAAGAUGAAGAGGAAGAUGAAGAGGAAGAUGAAGAGGAAGAUGAAGAGGAAGAUGAGGAGGAAGAUGAGGAGGAAGAAUUUGGAUCCAA